AAAUUUUGAAUAGUGAAAAUGGGUCGGCCCGUUCUCGUUUCGAUGCUGUGGCUCUGUUUAGCUGCCGUUGUGGUCCAGUCGGCUCGGUACAGGCCCUGUGGCGGAAAUUCCAAUAAUUCGUGUGUGCCGCGGCAUUUGUGCAAUUACGGAGAAGUUGAUGAGACUUCUGGUAAGAUGGUCGGAACGUUUCGAGGCCAUAAGAUAGUAGAGUGCUCAAGCACCCAAAUUUGCUGUCCCAAUGCAAAUAUUACAAUAGAAUCUUCAAAGAUGAUUGUGCCAGUUCCACCACAAUGUGGGCACUUCAACCCUAGUGGUCUGACCUUCUACACCAAUUCAAGUGACUACGCCCAGGAGGGCGAGUUUCCAUGGGUGGUAGCCCUAAUGAGUCUUAACAAUACUUAUAAGGGCGCCGGAUCCCUGAUCGCCGACAACUUGGUGCUCACAAGCGCCUUCAAAAUGGUCGGAGAGAACGAGAACUCGCUGAAAGUACGUGCCGGCGAAUGGGAUAUGGAAACCACUACCGAGCAUUACGCCCAUGUGGAGGGUCUCAUUCACCAGAUCAUACGCCAUCCAGACUUUAGCAUUACAUCUGCUGCAUUUAAUAUUGCCAUACUGGUCCUCGAUCGUCCAUUCCAGCGAUCCCCUCACAUUUAUCCCAUUUGCCUGCCGUCACAGGGUCAGAAAUUUGAAUUAUUCCAUUGCAUUACCAACGGGUGGGGUCAGAAAAAUUAUGAGGACACAAUCAACGUGAAUGUCAUGAAGAAGGUCACGGUUCCAGUUGUACCUGCCCAAAUGUGCGAGGAGAAGAUAAGUGCGGCUCUUGAGAAACCGUUCAAAUUGCACGAGAGCCUGCUCUGCGCCGGCGGGGAGAAGGGCAAGGACACUUGCUUAGGAGACGGCGGAGGACCUCUUGCCUGUCCGCUGCCGGAUGAUCAUGGCCGGUUUGUGCAGGCCGGCGUCGUUAACUGGGGCUUGGAGUGCGGGAUCGAGGACGUUCCGGCCGUGUACACCAAUGUCGCCAAUAUGCGCCCUUGGAUCGAUCGGAUUAUGAACGGCUUUGCCAUUCAAACAGACUUAGCCAGUAUCGAUAAUUCGAAAGCUUCUUCUCUUUCCAAUUCUCCGGAACCCGACGAAAAGAAAAUAAAGUUUCUGCCGGUUACUCGUAGGAAAAGUCAGCCACCCCCGGUUCCUUUUCCUAACGUAAAUAAUAAUUAAUUAUUUAUUUAUGAUUUCGAAUCGCGGGCUCCCCUGCGACGAUAUUAAUAAGAUAUUUUCUAAUAUUUCGAAUGGUUUCUAAUAAUAUGUACAUAUGUUAUUACCUUUUGGUCUACAAGAAUUUUCUUCAUUAUAUUUUACCAUCGAAAAAAUACAAGCUUUUUCUUUAA